AUGGCCCAUCCGUACUCCCGUGAACUCGAAAUCGCCACUUUGGCUGUCAAACGAGCCUCUGUCCUCACCAAGAAAUUGAGUGACUCCAUUGCCUCCACCCAAAACGACGGCACCCAGACCAAGGACGACAAGUCGCCAGUCACCGUGGGUGACUAUGCUGCGCAAGCCAUUAUCAACCACGCCAUCAAGCUCAACUUCCCCAACGACGAGAUCGUGGGUGAGGAAGACUCAGACUCUCUCAAGGAAGACUCUGCUGAGGCCUCCCGUUUGAGCAAAAAGAUCUUGGAGAUCAUCAAGGACGUCCAGCAGGAGGGUGACGCUGCCAGCUCAAAAAUCGGCGUCCUCAAAGACUUGCAGACGAUCUACACCAGCAUUGACUUGGGCAACUCCCAGGGAGGCGCCAAGGGCCGGUUCUGGGCUUUGGACCCCAUUGAUGGCACCAAGGGGUUCCUUCGUGGCGACCAGUUUGCCGUGUGCUUGGCGUUGAUCGAAGACGGCAAGGUGGUCUUGGGGGUGAUUGGAUGCCCCAACUUGCCCGAAACCAUCGUGUCCAACGACGAGACCUCCGGAACCGUAGGAGGCUUGUACUCCGCCGUUAAGGGGGUUGGAUCCUUUUACUCCGAAUUGUUCACUCCUGGAUUUGUUCCCUUGUCCAGCCAGCAGCGUAUUCAAAUGAACCAGAACACCGACGUGGAUCAGUUAAAGGUGGCAGAAGGUGUCGAAAAAGGACACUCUUCCCACUCCACCCAGUCCAGAAUCAAAGCCUUAUUGGGUUUCAACGACCAGACGGUCGCAAAGCAGACAAUCAACUUGGACUCACAAGUGAAGUACUGUAUUCUAGCAAAGGGCCAGGCCGACGUUUACCUCAGGUUGCCUAUCAGCGACACCUACAGGGAGAAAAUCUGGGACCAUGCGGCAGGUAACAUCUUGAUCUAUGAAAGCGGCGGCCAGGUUGGAGAUAUUCAUGGCGAAGAAUUGAAUUUCGGAAACGGUAGAUAUUUGAACAGUAAGGGAGUGAUUGCUGGAAGCAAGGCAAUUUUUGACAAAGUGAUCAAGAGCGUUCAAGAGGUCUUGUAG